AUGUCCACAUCGACCUCCAACUCCAAACCUGCCGAAUCUUCAAAGCCAGCAGAAGAGUCGAAGGCUGAAACACAGCCUCAUCUCGGCCUUCUAGAGGAGGAUGACGAAUUCGAGGAGUUCCCCGUUGCAGAUUGGAAAGAUUCAGAGACUGAUCUGGCGCAUCUCGGCGGAGCUGCCCCAGGAGCAGCGAAAUCGGGCGGUGAUAAGUUGUGGGAGGACAACUGGGACGAUGACGAUAUCGAGGAUGAGUUCAGCGUACAGCUGAGGAACGAACUGGCGAAGACGAAAUCGACCGCAAUGGAACAUUAA